GACGACUGUCAGCUGAUCAAAAUACACGCGGAAUUGGAACAGAAUGUUAUACAGUAGCAGUGUUUGGAAGUUACUAGUUUGAUAGUUCAGCAAGAUAUAGGUGCUAGUAUAUUAUGUUUCAAUAUAUGAGUAUAUUUCAUAAAGACACUAAAGUGAAACAAAAAGAGCAACGCAAGUGGAAUUAGUAAAGUUAUGUAAAACAAAUAUAGGCUGUACGAGAGAUGUCUUUUAAGUUUUGCAUUUGGAAAUGAAACAACACGAUUCCAUGAAAAUGGUCUACGUUGUACCCAAAGAAAGCCUCCAAGUAGCUAAAAGACCUUUCAAAGCAAAGGUGCCGAAAGAUGAAAAUCUCUACAAUUCCUUGAAGUUCUUUAUGGUUUUCUCUCAAGCCUUGGGCAUCCUUCCGCAGGAAAAUGUUUGUACGAAUUUUAAUGAAAUGCGGUUCACUUGGAAGAGCUGGAAAACUAUCUACACUCUGUUUCUUAUAAUUUUAUCAGAGUUUGGUGUAGGUUGUUGUAUUAGUGCUUGGUUCAACUCGGGGUACCUGUUCGACAAACUAAUCGCGCAAAUUUUCUUCCUAACAUCCACUUUUACACUAAUCUUACAUCUACGAUUAGCGAAGCAUUGGCCAGAACUGAUUACGUCGUGGUGUAAGAUGGAUAAAAUUAUGAACGCAACUUAUGGAUACCCGGCGACUCUGGAUAGGCGACUGAAAGUGUUCACAUUGUUGUUCAUGGGACUUGCAAUCACUGAUGGAAGUUUAAGCGCUGCUUCUAGGCACACCAACUUAAGCAAUAAGCUAGGUGAUAGGUACAACUAUACACACUACUUCGAAGAUGCCUUCCCUGAAUUAUUCAACGUAUUGCCUGUAAACGUUGUUACAGCUGUUUAUUGUGGUGUUCUGAUAUGGCAAGCUACACUGCUAUGGGCGUACAACGACGUGUUUAUAAUUCUUUUGAGUACGCCUUUGGCACUAAGAUUCCGCCAGAUUACCAAGCGACUUGAAGAUGCUCAGAGAAAGACACGUUUUGGGGCGAGAUCAGGGAAGACUAUGACAGACUUAGCAUAA